AUGCAUUCAAGCGCUUAUGCAGACGUUUUUCCCACCACGCUCGGGAAUCGUGCUUCAUUUGAAGAUUAUGAGCUUUAUCCAUCCGAUCCAGCCUACUUUCCGGACGCACCUCAAUUCCAGCUGCGAUCGUCCCAGCUCGAGAGCAUUCCUAAAUCUCAUUACUUCCCCCCGUGUGCGUCGUGGACCGACGGAUCUCUUCCGUCGCACAUUGCUGGUCCUCUGUCGAUGAUGGAGACUGCUCUUCAUCCUGUUCUCCUCGGACCAGAUCGCGUCGCAUCACCUUGGAGCAGCUACUCCUCAAUUUCUGGUGCAGAAAGCCCUGGCAGCAGUGCUGAUGGUAGCUUUGCGCAGUGCAACAUGAUGGAACCCUACCCGUCCCCACCCUAUGCCUAUGACGAUAUGGGAGGUUCCUCAGUCAAGGCAGAACAUUAUUCCUCGCCAGUGAUGUCUGUCACUAGUUCGGUCGCUUUGCCUCAGAUACAAACCUAUCCUGACCCCGAACCGAUGGUAGAAUCAUCCCAUCCAUUGACUGCGCCAGCUCAUCACUUUGUUUACGAGGGAAACAACUGCUCGGAGGGAUUAGAAACCGUACCAGCUCAAGCUCGUCGUUGCGGCUCGGAUAGUCUGUCGGGCCACAAAACCCCUCCACCUUCCCUUCGACGUCGGAAGUCUCGCUGCACCCCUCAGAAGGGUUCAUCACCAAAUCGCGUUACCAAAAGGAAGACUCGGGUGAAGUCACACACUAAAGUAGCGUCAGCCUCGAAACAGCAACCCGCCAAGUCGUCGACCAAGGGCCACGUCUUCGUCUGCAGUUUCUCACACUACGGUUGCACAAGCUCCUUUGCCUCCAAGAACGAAUGGAAGCGACACAUUGCGUCUCAGCACGUCCAACUCGGCUUCUUCCGCUGCGACGUCGGCAACUGCAACGGCGGUCACAAACCCAACAACAAAACCUCCUCGACUUCCACCCGCAACCACCACGACCAGCCGGGCCACCAAACCAACGACUUCAACCGCAAGGAUCUCUUCACCCAACACCAGCGCCGCAUGCAUGCACCCUGGGUCCUCGCGGGCCGGCCUGACGCCACCACCGAGCAGGAACGGCAAGCUUUCGAGGCCAGUCUCGAGGAUGUCCGCGCCCGCUGCUGGCACGAGCAACGCAAGCCGCCCCAACAAAGUUCCUGUGGGUUCUGCGGGCACAAUUUCUCUGGCCCGAACAGUUGGAAUGACCGGAUGGACCAUGUUGGACGGCAUUUCGAGAAGGACAAGACUCCUCUUGAGGAGGCCGAGGAUAUCGCCCUAAGGAGCUGGGCCAUCAGUGAAGGGAUCGUCCAGCGUGAUGGUAAAGGACAGUGGGUGCUUACUGCUCUAUGCUAA